ACAUACUCUUGUUGUUCAGUGUGUUUUCUUGCUAGAGAGCCGUAUCAGUAGCACAGAAUAUACAUUUGCCGAACAUUGCCUUUAUGUGGUAUCAGCAUGUUUUUGUUUAAACUUUUCACAUAUUUCAUGAUCAACUCUCAGUAGAUCAGUGUGGGCUCAUUUAAAGGAAAGACAUAACUAUGCAGUUAUUUCAAUUUCGUCAUGCAAAAGAUUUUUGAAAGACACUGCUUAGAAAUGCCUGAAAUUGCUUAGGACUGCUUUCAGAGUAAGGAAAGCAAUCAGUAAUUUUGAAGAGAUUUGCAACUUUAUUGACGUCUCAUGGCAUCAUUUGAUUUCGUCAGAGACAAAUUAACUGAGUGGAACCACAGUGACUUGAUUCAGAGGUUUGAAGAUGAAGAAAUUGAUGAAGAAAGUUUCCUCUCCCUUAAGGAGAAAGACUUCAUCAACUUGAUUCCAAAAAUAGGACCACGGUCUGCAUUUAGAGAAAAACACAAAGCAUUUCUCAAGAAACAGAAGCAACCCGAUGAUGAUAAGAACAUUCAAGCGGCCACGUGGUCAUCAGUAUCAAUUAAGGCCUCCAAGAGUUCCUCAGAAAAUGUUACUGGUGAGAUGGUCAAUCAAGAGUCUUGUCAAAAGGCCAUCAUAAAACCCAGAAAUCAAACUCCUAAACGAUCAGAGACUAAAAGGUCAUUGGUUAAACUCUUAGGUACAGGAAGUGUGCCCACAACGAACACCUCUGGAGUGGGGGAAACAGUGUAUGACCAGAGUGAACCCUCAACCAGUAAAAUACGCCCUCUUCAAGUGAAUAUUCCAGGCAAAAGGAAAUCUGAUGAGGCCCAUGCAAACAAACAAACAAACAAACGACAACGUGUUGCUGCGUCCAGAAUAACUGAAAUAUUUGAAACUGAAACCAAGACAGAGGUGAAGAAGAUCAUGCAACGUGUCAAAAGCAAACUUGAUGAUCUGCCUUCUACAAAACUCAUUGACUUCCUCAGAGGUAAAAUCCAAACGCUGGAGAAAGACAAAAAAGAGAUAGUGGGUGUUUUUGGGAAGACUGGAGCUGGUAAGAGCUUCCUGAUUAACACCAUCUUGGGUGAGACAAAAUUGCUGCCCUCUGGAAACCAAGGGGCAUGCACCUCGGUCAUGAUCCAGGUGGAGGCCAAUAUGACAGACUCGAAAUACAUCGCAGAGAUUGAGUUCAUGACAGAGGAGGAAUGGAAAGAGGAGCUAUUGUCCAUCUUAAGAGACAGAUCUUACAAGGAUGGAAAUGAUGAAGACCAUGAAAGGGAUGACGACGAUGAUGGCGAUGAUAAUGAAAAGAUAUCAGCUUUGUAUGGAAAAGAUGGACGUGGGGCAACCUUAGAAGAACUAAUGGACAGGAAGCACUUCAGAGAAAUUCCAGAGUUUCGUUUAUCAGUCAAGAAAAUAUUUCUAUGUGACACAGCUGAAGAACUCUCUGAAAAGAUAACUUGUUACACACGGAGUGACACACAGAGUGAUACAUUUAAAAGACAGUAUUGGCCGCUUGUGAAGUGUAUUACCAUCAAGGUGCCAAACUCCAAAGACCUGCUGGAGCAUGUUGUGCUGGUUGAUCUUCCAGGCAAUGGAGACUGCAACAAGAGCAGAGAUGAGAUGUGGAAAUUGUUUGUUGGAAACUGCUCUGCUGUGUGGAUUGUGAGCGACAUUGCACGAGCAACUGCAGAAAAGGAAUCAUGGGAGAUUUUACACAGCACCGUUAGCCUCUUUGGACCUGGUGGAGAAUGUCAAAGCAUCAGUUUCAUCUGCACCAAGACAGACGACAUUGAGGAAAAUCAAAAGGCUGAUGCACACACCUGUAUUUUGCUCAGAAAUGAAACAACCAAGAGGCAAGUGAGGGAUAAAUUCAACAAACAAAAAGAAAUUAAGAAACACUUCAGUGGGGGAAAGGACUUCCUUCAGGUGUUUACUGUGAGUUCCAAGGAAUACCAAAAGGAAAAGCAUUUGCAACAAGUAGAGACAGAAAUACCCAAACUUCAGGAAUUUCUCAGAAAUCUCAAUGAUCGUCGCACAAAGAUUUCAGAUUAUGUUUCUGGAGCUUAUGGGAUCCUCUCUCUGAUACAAGGAGCCAAAAGCAGUGACAUGACAGACAGCAAAGAAGAGGUGUGCCAGGUUCUGGAACAAAGGCUCAAGGAUAAGAUCAAGUCCAUUGGUGAAACUAUGGAUGAGACUUAUGAGACUUUUGAACGAUGCCUUUCAGAAGGAGUUCGACAGUCAGAAGAAUCAUGCGAGAAAUUAAUGAAUAAAGUGAUAGCACCAAGAGGGAAAAAAGCUAGUGGAUAUCAUCAAGUAGUGAAGAGUUUAUGCAAGAAAGGCGGCGUUCACAAACCAAAAGGGAAAAAGGAAAUAAGAAGGGAAAUAAACCUUAAUGAGAGUUUAGCCUCAUGUAUGAGAAGUCUAAUUGAUAAAGAGUUUAAGACAUAUUUCCCAAAUGAGGGCAAACAUGGCCCAAUCAGGGAGCAGAUUGAUACAUUCACCCUUGACACAAACAGCUUGUUUCGGAAGCACCCAGAAAUGUCACUACAUCUGAUAUUCCUCAAGACAGAGGAAACUGAAUUCAAGACAAAACUAAUCUGUGACCUCCGCGAGAAGAAGAAAAAAAUCUACUCCACUCUAACCGAGUCAAUCAAGGACUCCAUGCAUCGAUGCUAUAUAAGGGCAUUAGAGCAUACAGGAAAAGAUUCUCUGAAAAGGAUGAAAGAUGAGCUACGUCAUCACAUGAAGAAUAACAACAUUUUCCAGAAGGCCAAGGAAGAUAUGCUGAGUGGUUUAAUAAACCUGAAGGAUCACAUCGUGAUGCAGCUGAAGUGUAAACUACAAGAAUCCAUGGAUCUCUCACUCAAGACCCCCAACAGCUCGUUUCUCCCAGAUGAUGUCACUGUGGAGUAUAACAAGAUGAAGAUGUACUAUGAGAAACUGAUGGGUUGCUCUAGUACAGUACAAUUCACUCCAAGAUUGGAUUUACACACAAAAACUACCACAUUUGAAUCACAGUCUGGGAAUGGUAGGAAGCGUGUGCAGGUGCCAACAGGUGUAACAAUGUUAACUCCUGAGAUUGUCAAAGAUCUUACAACACAUAACCGCAAGCCUACGUAUAGGCUUCAAUGCCCCAAGGCAGGUAUUUUCCAGUGCAGUUCCACUGGACUGGUGUUUCUGAUGGAAGGGAAGGGAGAUGUGGUUUACAUGAUGACUCAAUGGGACAGGAGCCUCCUGGGCUCCAGCAUACCAGCAGGACCCCUAUUCAGCAUUGACUGCCCUGAGCAGUCUGUCCGGCAACUGCAUCUCCCACACAGUAUGUGUGAUGAGAAAGAUGACAAUUUGUCCGUGGCCCAUGUUACUGAUGGCAACAUGGAGAUUGUUCAGCCACUCAAGACGACUGCUACACACGUGAUUGUAACCAUCACACACCUCUCCCUCUUUGGCCUCAUCAGAAAUUGGUUCUCCAUCCUCCCGGUCCGAAGCCAGGUGCUGCUGUUCCUCCAACCACAAGGGAACAGACCCCAGAAGCGCAUACUGAAUGUUAUGUUGUUGCCCAAGAAUGUGCCACUUUGUGAGGUGGAACAUCAACAGAGGGGGAGUACUUUCAUUCAAUCCAGCUCCAACUGCACAUUGACUCCUAGAGGAAAAUAUGGUCUCUGCUGUGAGCUGGUGGCAAAUUCUAGCAUACAGCCAAAAAGUGGGCAGUUUGACUAUGACUAUAGACCAAACUUCCACCCCACAUUUCAGGUAUUUUUGGACUGCAUGUCGGGUGCAGAGAACAUCAGACUGAGUCUUUUAGACAGAGGAAGUAACGACCAAAGAGUGUGGGAGUGUCUAAUUCCAACAGGUGCCGAGGCUGAACUGAACCAGCUCUCGGGUGAAGCGUUUGUGGAUAAGCAUAUGGCUGAUCUCAUUCAGAGGGUCAAGAUGGUGCUGCAUGUAGCAGAUGACCUGCUUGUGGAGAAUAUGAUCCCAGAUGAAUUGUACUCAAGAAUCCUCAGGGCUUGGACCAGUCAGGAACAAAUGAGACUACUGUUGGAUGCUGUACAAGCAGGAGGAACAAGAGUGAAAUCUGCCUUCUACAAAGCUCUCCAAAUCUAUGAACCUCGUCUAGUCCAGGACCUGGCAGCAGCUUCCCGCUGAUGAAUGGGAUGGCCUGGGUUGGUCCUCUGCUGGACAAAGGGCAGCAAGCGGUCCCUCUUCCAGAGCAGGAUGUCAGAAUACUACAGUCACUAUGCUCCUAAUCUGCAUUGGAGUGUUGGGAGAUAAGACUGACAGCAGGAAGUCUAUGAGGAUUUAAAGUUAAAGCUGUUAUAGUCUUGUGUUUGUGCUAACAUUCCACUACUUGACACUUCUUGUCAUACCAAACAGUCUGGCAUGACAAGAAUCAAUCAAAAUCAAAUCAAAGUUUAUUCGUCACGUGCACAGGAUACACUGUGUGAGUGUGUGUGCAUGUAAAUUAAUGAGUGUGGGAGUGCGUGAGUCUGUGUGGGUGGGAAUGUGUGGAGUGCUGUGAGUAGACAGCCAGUGAUUGCAGGUAGACAGUCAUUGAUAAGCUGUUCAGCAGUUUUAAUGCUUCAGAGCUCGCCCCCAGUGAUGAACUGUGCAGGCUUCACCACCCUCUGUAGAGCCUUGUGGUGGAGAGGGGUGCAGCUUCCGUACCAGGCGGUGAUACAGCCAGUCAGUAUGCAGCUCAAUGGUACAUCUGUAGAAACUGGUGGCAAGUCUUUUCAGCCACCUGAGGAAGAACAGGCGCUGGCGUCCCUUCUUGAUAAAUGCACCAAGGAGUGGAAUGUUACCACUAACACACCAGAUUUCUUCAGGCUAGUAGUGUGUCCUAGUAUUUACAAUCAUUUGUCUUUUGUCUUCGUAAUUCCAUUUUUCUUUGUAAUAGGGUGGUGCAUUUCCUCAUUACUCUCAUUCACUUAUGUUAAUGGUGGUGAAUAUAAAUUACCAUUUUUAUGUUGACAUUUAACACCAUUCAGUUUCUACAAAUGUGUUGAACCAGUUUAUUAAUCAUGUGUUGGUUUAUUUUUCAUUCAUUCAAAGGAUUGAUGAGGUAUUGUUUAUGCUUGAAUUAUUGAUUAAUCCUUUUAUAUAUCCUUUUAUGCAGAAAUAAUAGCUGGAUGUGUUUCUUUCCAAUUGACCAUUUAACCAAAAUAUGUCAAUGUGAUGUUGUUAUAACCUAAUAGUUAUGUUUAGUCAUUUUGUAACUUGUUGAUUAUUGUUAUGUCCAUUGUGGGGGAAAUAGGAUGUUUGAAAAUCAUGUCCUGUUAUGGGUUUAUUUCUCAAUAAAUAAUGACUAUAAAUA